AUGUCCUUGAACCCUGCUGCUUCUGAAUGGAAGCCUAACUUUGGUGCUAAGGCUUUUGUACCUUCAUUUACUGCACCUCCUGCUGCUGCUGCUCCUGCUGCACCUGCACCUGCACCUGCACCAGCUGCUCCUAAAGUAGUCAAGCUUCCUGAAUCUAAGCCUGCUGCUCCUGCUGCUACUGAAGCUCCCAAGAAGACAGAAGCUCCCAAGAAGACAGAAGCUCCCAAGAAAGCAGAAGCUUCUAAGAAAUCAGAAGCUUCUAAGAAGUCCGAAUCUGCUGCUGCUGUUGAAGAACAAGUAGAAGAAGUAGACGAUGAAGUUGUUGCUGAUCUUUACGGUAAAGAACACGUCAAUGUUGUCUUUAUGGGUCACGUCGAUGCUGGUAAAUCCACAAUGGGUGGUAACAUUCUUUACUUGACUGGUAUGGUUGAUAAGCGUACUUUGGAAAAGUAUGAAAAAGAAGCCAAAGAAGCUGGUAGAGAAUCAUGGUAUCUCUCUUGGGCUUUAGAUACCAACAGUGAAGAAAGAGCCAAGGGUAAAACUGUUGAAACAGGUAGAGCUUAUUUCGAGACUGACAAGCGUCGUUAUACUAUUUUGGACGCACCUGGCCACAAGAACUUUGUGCCUAGCAUGAUUCAAGGUGCUUCUCAAGCUGAUAUUGGUGUCCUUGUUAUCUCUGCUCGUAAGGGUGAAUUUGAAACUGGUUUUGAACGUGGUGGUCAAACCCGUGAACAUACUAUGUUGGCCAAGACAUCAGGUAUCAACAAGAUGGUGGUUGCCAUCAAUAAGAUGGAUGAUCCUACUGUGAACUGGGACAAGGCCAGAUAUGAUGAAAUCCUUGCCAAGUUUACUCCCUUUUUGAAGCAAACUGGCUUCAACCCCAAGACAGAUGUUCAUUUCAUGCCCUUGUCUGGUUUCUCUGGUGCCAAUAUUAAGGAUCGUGAUCCCAAGAGUUGUCCUUGGUACAAUGGUCCUUCUCUUUUGGAGUUCUUGGAUGAGUUCAAGACAAACGACCGAAAGCUAAAUGCUCCUUUCAUGCUUCCUAUUGCUGAAAAGUACAAGGAUAUGGGUACUAUUGUUGUAGGUAAGAUUGAAGCUGGUCAUAUUAAGAAGGGUCAACAAGUCCUUGUGAUGCCCAACAAGCACACUUGUGAAAUUACAGCCAUUUACAAUGAAACGGAAGAUGAAAUUGAACAAGCUGUCUGUGGUGAUAAUAUCAGAUUACGUUUAAAGGGUAUUGAAGAAGAUGAAGUCAUGCCUGGUUUUGUUCUCUGUAGCAAAAAGAACCCUGUCAAGACAACCACUCAAUUUGAAGCACAAUUGGCUAUUUUGGACCACAAGAACAUUAUCUGUGCUGGUUAUACUGCUGUUUUGCACAUUCAUGCUGCUUCUGAAGAAAUCUCCCUUACUGCCCUUUUACACUUGGUUGAUAAAAAGACAGGCAAGAAGACCAAGCGACCUCCCCAAUUUGUCAAGCAAGGUCAAAAGGCCAUUGCUCGUAUUGAGACUGCUGGUCCUAUCUGUAUUGAAACCUUUGAAAAGCUUCCUCAAUUGGGUCGUUUCACUUUACGUGAUGAAGGCAAGACAGUUGCUAUUGGUAAAGUCACCAAGAUCUUGGAGCCCACUGAAUAA